GAAACAUAGAAGAUGGCGGCCUACGUAAAAACUAGCUGUUCAUGGGUUCCACGUUUUAUAUCAUACCGUGGAUUAUCAUCUUUAAAUUCAAACCUGAGAGAUGCAAGAGAUUUGUUAAUAAAGUAUAAUGGCGGUACCGUAGAUUUGGUUAAAGACACCACGACUGGUAUAGCUACAAUAUCACUCAAUAAUACAGGAAAAAAGAAUGCACUUACCGGUAAGAUGAUGGUGGAACUAGCCGACAACAUUACUGAAUUAGAAACAUGGAGUGAUGGAAAGGGUUUAAUACUUACCGGCGCAGAGGGAAGUUUUUGCUCCGGGGGAGAUUUGGAUUUCGUCAAGAAAGUAUUGACUCCGGAACUUGGAUUCCAAAUGUCUUGUUUUAUGCACGAUACCUUGUCUCGACUGCAUCAACUACCGUUGAUUAGUGUAGCAUUGGUUCAAGGCGGGGCUUUUGGAGGGGGUGCAGAGCUGACCACCGCGUGUGAUUUUCGUACCAUGACCGAAUCCGCCCGAAUUGGUUUCGUAAACAUCAAAAUGGGUGUUAUAACGGGUUUCAGUGGUGGAACCCGACUUACUAGAAUUCUUGGACAACGUAAAGCUUUAGAUAUAUUGUGUUCAGGUAGAAGUCUUGAUUGUAAUGAUGCCAAAACAAUCGGAUUAGCAGAUUUGGUAAUUCCAAAUACGGAUUCUCUAGACAAUACAAAGUCGUGGUUGAUCAAAAACUAUUGUUCUUGGGACACCGAAAUGAUUCGCCGUGUUAAACAGGUUACCCUAGCCGCUGCUGAAAUGGACAUCGAGGCUUCUUUAGCUCAAGAAAGAAUUUUAUUUUCAGAGCUUUGGGGUGGACCAGCCCAGAAAGCUGCCGUCAGUAAAAACUUAAAACAUAACUGACAAAAAAAAAGUUUAGUUGCAAAGUCAAAGUGAUAUAGACUGAUCAAUAAAUUAUUGUAAAUAAUAAUAAUAAUAAUUUUAAUACGCCCACAUGUGCAGUAUUUAUAUUGUUACAAAUAUAUUAUUGCAUUUCUUAUGUAACUGUGCAAAUAUUAUAGUAUGAUAUGAUAUUAGAAUCGUUGCUUCAAAUGUAUGUGUUAUAUGAAUGGGCUUGACAAAAAUGAAAUGGGUUUUUUAAAAACGUAAAACUUUUCUGCACCAACUAGACUACGGUGGGCUGUAAGGGAAAUUUUGCACGGACAGCGGCCCUACGGCCUACUCUUAUUUCGAAUUUCAACUUUUACCUACAUGCCAAUGUGGACACAACAACUGAAACAAAACGAAACGAAGCAAAAUACCUAAUUUUCAUCAGACUGUUGUUUUUGGAAAAUGCAACUCUUAUUUUGAGAGGUCUGGGUUGUAAAAAGUCUUAAAUAAAAAUAAAAC